CGUGAACCGAGUUUCGCGUCGGCGUCGGCGGGGGUCAUGGACGCUGCCCGUGAGUUUUACACGAACAAAAACAUCCUCGCACCCAUGGUGAGGGUGUGCACGAUGCCGACCCGGCUGCAGGCGACGGAGUACGGAGCGGACAUCGUGUACUCGGAAGAGAUCCUUGACUACAGCCUGAUGAGGAGCAAGCGGGUGGAGAACCACGCGUUUGGCACGGUAGAGUUUGUGAACACCAAAGAGAACAGCAGCGGUUUCAGAGAUGUAAUUUUUCAGACGAUACCCGAGGAACGAGGACGACUGGUCCUGCAGUUAGGAACCGGAGACGCGACUCGAGCUUUAAAGUGUGCGCUCCUCGCAGCGAAAGAUAUCUCCGCGGUCGAUAUAAACAUGGGCUGUCCUCUUAAAUUUUCAACGUCGAGUGGGGCUGGUUCCGCGCUGUUGAAGAAACCAGAACAAGUGCGCGAUAUCAUGACGACGCUGCGACGUAACUUACCAAGCGAAGUUCACGUCACCUGCAAAAUUCGUCUAUUAGAAACGACGGAAAAAACUAUAGAACUCGCGCGCGUGAUCGAAGCUUGCGGGGUUUCUGCGUUUGGCGUUCAUGCGCGUUACGUUUCGCAACGACCGCGCCAGCCCGCGCACUGGGAUUUAAUGAAACACGUCGUAGAAUCGGUUUCGUGUCCAGUUAUUGCAAACGGAGAUGUUUUCAAACACGAAGACUUUGAGAGAAUUAAGAGCGAGACGGGCGCUGCGAGCGCGAUGUGUGGACGCGCGGCGUUGUGGAAUCUUUCCGUGUUCCGCGAGGAAGGUUUGCUUCCGGCGAGGGAAAAUUUGAAUAACAUUUUGAAGAAGUGCCUGGAGUGGAACCACACGGUGAAGAACACGAAGUAUCUCCUUCGGGAACUGCUCAUUAAAUCGACCGGGCUUGAGAACGAGGAGGGCAACGCGCUGAAUAAAAGUAAGACGCUGGAGGAAAUUGCGCGCACAUUUGAGGUUCCAGAAACUCUCAUAGGGAGUAAGCGGCGGGAACAUCUAAAAAGACCGUGUGAAGAAGAUGCACUUAGCUUAGACAGCUAACAGCUGAAAUAAUAGAUUAGAAACAUCUUCGAAACAGCGGUAAACAGAGAUGUAAUC